AUGCCCCCACGCAAGGUUAGCCAUCACAUUGAGACUGAGAGAAUGGGCGAGAUCGAGACUGAUCUACAUCAUCAGAAGGCUACAAAGAAGGGGGAGGUGAGUGGGCAGACGGUUACGACGGGAGGUAGGUUCGGCCGCAACAGCCGGGGAGACGUCAAGGGAGGGCAGGAUACGGCGAUGACGCAAGACAAGGCUCGAGAGCUUGUGGAAGAGCAAUUGUCGCAGAAUCGGGCGGGUGGAAGUGUCGAAUCAGUUGCGAAUCUAUCGAAGCGGGUGGAUACGGCAAAGAAGUCGAUGCACAAAAUGGGGGCCCGGGACGCGGAAGCGUUGAAGAUGUCGACGGCGUCGUUCAUCGGAUACGCCCGCGUACAGCUUCAAGGCAAAGGGGCCAUCGAAUAUAGGACGGGGAAAGCCAUCAACCGACGAAUGCGUGAGGAGCACGCUCAAGAAAUCGCGGACAGCAUCGCCUCGCGGGGGAUCCUGGACGACAAGGACGAGAACAUGAUCGUGUUGGCGAUGAAGCGACAAGACAUCUUGAACGAGAAGACGCUGAAGAAGAAGAUCAACUCGGACGAGAUCGUUCCAGUGCUUCAAAUCGACCUGGAAAGCAAACCGGAAAUCGAGCUGCUCGGAGGUCGCCAUCGUGCCAGAGCGCUACAUAUCCGACAGAAGCUGGACAUCGCGGAGAUGACGAAGCUGACGUUGGUGAAGGCGCAGGCGAGAGCGGCACGCGAGAAGGCGGAAGAAGAGGCACUGAAGGAGUUCAAAGGAGAGGGUCGGGACUCGACUUCGGGGCCGACGCUGACGCAAACGUUGCUGCCGAGCAAGAUCGAUCUCGAAGAGACCGAACGCGCUCUCCAGGCGCAGUUGCAGGAUUUGACGGAGCGGGUGGUGGCGACGGACUUUUGGACGGCGAAGGUGUACGACAUAGAAAAGCUCACGCCAGACGCAAUUACGUUGCUGUCGACGAAAAAGCAGGAGGCGACGUUCGGAGAGGGGCCAUGGGAACGGGUGUGGGUGUGCGCCCGCCACCUGCGCGAGAAGCUCUUCGAACGCGACGUCAACUUGGAAGGCAUUACAAUCGGGUCGUUCAAGUGGGGCCAGGUGCUCAGCAACGACAGCUUCAUGCCGCGGACGUUUACCAAAAACAACCACAUCACGCCAGUGAUGAACGAUCCACUGGUCAUGUCGCUCCUCCUCGAACUCGCGGGGUGGACGUACUGGCACACCGAAGACGUUCUCGACCCGGCGAUCUUGCGAGGGUUGAUCACGAAGCCUACGUCGACUACGGGGCUCCAACAGAACGGACACUUGGCCAUUGAGCUCCUUCUAGCGGGCGCAAAGCAACUGAACUUCCUCGCGUCGACAUGCUCGGUGGAGGCGACCAGUGAGGUGUGGACGGCGGCGACCGACUACAUGAACAUGGGGCGUCUUGUGAUCGAGGAGGCGUCAGCAAUCGCGAAGGAGCACAGCGGAGAGAAGAUCCGGUCGACAGGUUUGCAACACCUGAAAGACUUCGACGUGUUCCUCAACUCCGAGCUCGAGGCGAUCGACGCAAACUAUCGCGAAUACAUACGUCCAUACGUCGAGCGCGAGAACUGUCUGGGUAACCACAAGGACGAAGGGUAUGUGAUAAGAAUGCGCCAGCACUGGCUGUUCGUACACGUUACUUGUCGUGAUCGCUGGGCGAAGGAGAUCAAGAGGCUUUGCCAGGAGUUGGGCCGGGACGUUCCGCUGGGUGUGGCCGUUGCGGCGAUGCCGAAGAAGACUCCGGACAUGUCUCAGCGGACGAAGGAUACGGACAAGGCGGCGGAGAAGAAGAAGAAGGCGGCGGAGACCGUUUACAAGACGCGAAGCAAGUCUCAGCGGCUGCUGGAUGCGCUGCUGAAUGUUCAACAGAAGAUGUCGAUGCUUGACGACUUUCAGCGCACCGGACUGGAGUUCAUGUUACCGCUUCCAACGGCCUCGGUGAUAGAAGACGUGUUCAAAAUGUGCACACGGACUGGCUGGGCGUUCACACUGAUCGCCCGUACCAUGAAUCCCAUGUGCGAGUACAUGGCGCAUAAAUCUGCUCAGCACGUCGUGGACUACUACGACACCAUGCGAGUAACAUGGAUGGCAUGGAAAUACGUCAAACAUCGUGACGACAUCUGGACGAUCUUCAUCAACUUCCUGCUCGAAAAUCAGAAGACGCUGCGCAAGAUCAACAUCAUCGCGGAGUCACAAGACACCGAUCUCGUCAAGUGGAUCGGCAAGCUGUCGAUCACCGGCGCGUCCAACGUCUGUAACGAGCUCACGAACAAACACGCCCACAAGGUGAACGCUCCAAACGCCUCGACGCUAUCCAAACAGGAGACCAUCAGCGCCGUCAACACCGAAUCCGGAAGACCCAUCGUCGUUCCCGCCAACACGCAGGCCCACGUUACCAUCGAGACUCAAACCGCCGCGCGGAACAGCAAGGGCAUCGGCGAAUGGCACCGGGACGUUCUGAAGUUGUUCCCAGAGCUUGCCCUCGUAGAGCCCAAUGUCCACAAACUCAACGAGGGUACCACGGUCGAGAGAACUCACAUCGUCCCCGCCCUCGCCCUCCUCCUCGUCUGCUCAACCGAGCUCAUGUCUUCCUUCGCCGCCGUCCCCUUCCAUAGCAUUCCCGGGAAAACAUUCUUCGACAGCCUACAGCGAUUCAUCGCGUCGUGGUCUCUCAAAUAUCAACCGCCGAGAGACCUUUACCACUCGUCCAAGCCCUUCUCUCAAGGCCACUUCUUUGUUUUCCGCCACGUCAACGUGAUGCCCAAGGCGCAGCCAGCGAUCAUCAAAGUGCUCGAAGACGGAUUUACGACGGAUCCAUCCAUGUACACUCUGGACGCGACGCAGGAGUACUUCAAAGUCGCCGUCGGACGCAAGCGUGCUGCGAAAGAAGGCCAAGAGCUUAUCAAGAAGCUCUCAAAGUCCCUCGCUGCCGCAAACUCCAUGAACGUACGCAUCGACCACAACAACCGAGUCGUCGUUCAGUCUACGCUCGGUCAGGUCAACUCUGUCGUCACCAAGGCCCUCCAUACCUUGGAAACGACGUUGACAUGGAACGUCAACCGUCUGUUCUCACGCGCGCAGGGCAACGAGGGCGCAUGGGUCAUGCCUUCCGAGAGCUCCCAACACAGGUGGCAGCUGCCUCCGAUUGGUUUCCUUGUCGGAGACGACGAUCUCGCCUUCCAGAGCAUGGAAGAGUUCAAGUCCCGCGAUCCGGAAGGCUAUCACGCUUUCCUCUCGGAGUACCGUGAGAAGAACGGCAUUCCGGACGACGCCGAGGACGUCGAACCGCCGCAGUCGCUUCGUCCCCAGGACAUCACUUUCGUCCCGAAGUCCGCUCCCGAGCUUCUCAGAGAGGUCAUGGAGAGCAAGAAGUCCGCCGGCGCGAAAGGCAAAGCGAAGGCCAAGGGAAAGGGAGCGGCGACGAAGGCCAAGGCCAAGGCCAAGGGCAAAGGGAACGCGAAGAAGAAGCGGCAAGACCACGACGGUGACAUAAGGAUGAACAGCGAGACCGAGGAAGACGACAGCGACGAAAACGAUGACGAUGACGACAGCGACGACAACGACGACGGGGUCCGCGACGGGUCUGAUCUCGACGACGCUCAGAACCACCUGGUUCCGCCCGACUCGCUUCAAAGGUCGACCCUGCGAAUAGGAUCUGGGUCUUCAGAGGGUCCUGCGAAGACCUCGAAUGCCCCCGCUCAGACGCCCCACGUCCCAUCGUCAGCGAAGCCGCGUCCUACCCACGAUCGCAAAGGUAGGCUGAUCCCGGUCGUCGAGAUCACACGCCACGACCACGGCAGGACAGGAGGUGACGAGGGGGUGGCCACUGUUUCGGAACCGGCGAAAGUCCCCAAGAUUGUGAAUCCCAAGUCUGUUCGUCAGGCCACUAAACAGACCGAGGAAGACGAGAACGCUUCGGAACCUGACGACGACGAAGGGUACCGCGACAGCAACGAUAUGCACGACAUUGAGCACGAGGAAGAUGUUUCGUUGGACCCUGAGCCACAAGCGGACUACGACGACUCAAGCUCCAGCGCGCAUGACCAGAUGGAUGUCGACAAAGCGGUCAACGUCGAUCUUAACGCCUCUUCGCAGUCGCCAUCCCACCCAGUGUCGUCGCCGGUUCCGCCCUCACCGCCUCUGAACGUUUCCCGCUUCAACGAGCCGACCCCGAACCAGAUCGCUCAAAAGGUUGCUGAAAUCAACAUUCCCGACCCGGACUAUUCGCGUGUCGACCUCGACAUCACUCUGGGCCUCCCCGAUCUCGAGGCCGGUCAGGUGACGCAGCAGCCCCAGGAGAGCAGCCCCGAUCAGGAUGGUUCUGAUGCCGCGACUCGAGGUGGUCCUUCCUAG